CUAAACCCGGCCGGCAGAGGGCGGUGGCGUGGUCCCUGCUGCGUCUUGUCCUGAUGAAGAAAAGGCACUUCCGCUUUUCCGUUCUGUCGCAAACUACACAUCGAGAGAGUCAGGAUGGCAGGCCGUCGUGUUGCUCUGAAGGCCAUUGACUGGCUGUCAUUUGCUGAGAGGGUUCCACCCAACCAGAGGGGCAUGUUCAAUGCACUGAAGACUCGCAGUGAUGCCAUCGCUGCCAAGCUGUCCUCCCUGCCAGAGACUCCUGCACCCAUUAACUGGAGUUACUACAGGAGUGCAGUGGCCAAAGCUGGGAUGGUUGAUGAGUUUGAGAAGAAGUUCAAAGCCCUGCAGAUCCCUGAGCCCGUUGACACACAGACAAGCGCCAUCAAUGCACAGGAGGCGGAAGCUAACAAAAGUGCAUUAGAGUACAUUGAACAAUCAAAAGCCCGCAUUGCUCAGUGUGAGAAUGAGCUGACUAAGUUUAAGAACAUGAUCCCCUUCGACCAGAUGACCAUCGAGGAUCUCAAUGAAGCCUUCCCCGAGACCAAGUUGGACAAGGUCAAACACCCCUACUGGCCGCACAAGCCCAUUGCGGACCUGUAAUCCUGUAUAACUGAAUAUUGACCUCACAAUAAAGAAUAUGUAUUUUAAAGCGAA